AUGGACCCAAGCACAAUCCCUCUUACCUCUGGAAAUCAUGCUCUCUCUGAUCGAGCCGUGGCGCUCAUGGCGAUAUCAUGGCUCUUUACGAGCUUUGCUAUCGUCACCAUGACCUUCCGCCUGUACCUGCGACAGAAGUUCUUCCCGUCCAUCGCCUCGGAUGACUGGCUCAUGCUCCUGGCCCUGGCAUUCCACGUCGUCUUCCAGGUGUUCUUAACCAUGUGUUGUGUGGCCGGCCUCGGGCGCCCGUUGGAGACGAUGGGCAUCCAAGACCUGAUCGACAUGACGAAGUGGGCAUGGUUUACGACACCCGGCAGCAUCCUCGCGAGCACCAUCGCCCGAAUUUCCAUUGCCAUGGUCUUCUACCAAGUCUUCAAUGGUCGGCAGUGGUUCAGGUGGCUUAUGAUAUCGUACACCAGCUUCUUGGUCGUCGUCGGAAUGCUCAACUUCAUCUUCGUGUGGGUUCAGGCCAAGCCUGUGCAGGCGCUCUGGGACUUCCGCGUCCCGGCCACAUACCGCAUGGAGCAGCUCCCGCAAAAGGUUGUCACCUGUAUCUUGACGAUCACCUACACCCUCUCUGAUAUCAUAUACACCGUCUUUCCUAUCAUAUUCAUCUCCAAGCUCAACAUGAACCGGGCAAGGAAACUCCAGCUCUGCCUUCUCAUGGCCGGCUCCAUCAUCACCACCGCCGUUGCCAUCGGCCGGACCACGCUGGUCUUCCUAUCUCUGUUCCAGAAGACAGACGUGAGCGCCGCCAUGGACUCAGACCGAACCUUCAUCUACUUUGGCGUGGGGUCCCUCCUGGCGUCUAUCGAGCAGUGCCUCCUGGUCGUGAUCGGCAGCAUACCCAAGCUCCAGGUAGCCAAGAAGCUCAGCUUCCCCAAGAUCCACUCGUCCCUCAACACACUGCUCAACAAACUCCGCUACGGAAGCACCGCCGCGUCCACGUCGGCCUCCCAGCCGAAACCGACCUGGGACGACUCAAAUCUUGAGCACAAGUCGGGCUCCAAGGGGGCCUACUCCAGCCACCCUGACUUCAUCCCCAUCGUGCAGAACAGUCAUAUCAGCUUCAGCAAGUCUUCGCACGAGAUGCAGGAGCAUGGUAUCCAAGUCACAGAAGGGUAUUCGGUCACAUACAAUCACACGCCGCAACAGCCCAGAUCACCAGUAUGA